CCCAAACCCUAAGCACAGAGCUCCCCAUGGCAGCAUCCACGGCGGCGGCGGCCGCGCGGAAGGGCGCGCUGACGGAUCAGAGGUUCUCGGAACUUUCCCCCACGCUGUCCCCGGAGGUGGUGGAGGCACUGGACCGCGACGGCUUCCAGCGGUGCACGCCCGUCCAGGCGGCGGCCAUCCCGCACCUAUUGUCACACAAGGACGUCGCCGUCGACGCCGCCAUAGGCUCCGGGAAGACCCUUGCGUUCAUCGUCCCCGUCGUUGAGAUCCUCCGCCACCGCUCCUCCCCGCCCAAGUCACACGAGGUUCUUGCUCUGAUUAUCUCUCCCACGAGAGAAUUGUCCUCGCAGAUAUUCAAUGUGGCCCAGCCCUUCUUCGCGACCCUGAAUGGCGUGCCGUCCAUGCUCCUGGUGGGUGGGUUGGAUAUCAAAGCAGAGCUCAAGAAGGUAGAGGAAGAGGGCGCAAACAUAUUGGUGGGCACUCCCGGGAAACUGUUUGAUAUAAUGCACACUGAUGCUCUAGAGUACAAGAACCUUGAGAUUUUGAUCCUAGAUGAGGCUGAUAGGCUCUUGGAUAUGGGAUUCCAGAAACAUAUUAACUUCAUACUUUCAAUGUUGCCAAAGCUGAGGAGGACUGGGCUUUUCUCAGCUACCCAGACGAAAGCUAUUACGAACCUAUCCAAAGCAGGGUUGAGAAAUGCUAUAAUGGUUGAGGUUAAGACAGAGGCAAAGUCCACAAGUAAAGAUGCUGGACAGCAAGAGCUUGGUCCAUCCAUAACACCAUUAGGGCUUCGGUUGGAGUAUAUGAUAUGCGAAGCAUCAAAUAAGUCAUCUCAGCUUGUUGAUUUCCUUGUGCAGAAUAGUGGGAAGAAAAUAAUGGUAUAUUUUGCAACAUGUGCUUAUGUAGAUUACUGGGCUGUUGUCCUUCCACUAAUUAACCCGCUUAAAGGUUCUCCAAUAAUUGCUUACCAUGGGAAGAUGAAACAGAGCCUUCGAGAGAAAGCUUUGGCAUCAUUUUCUGCUCUUUCAAGUUGCUUUUAUUAGUCAAUCACAGGGGCACCUUCAUUGUAUCAGUGAAUUGGUUAAAGGUAGCGAUUUCAGCUUCCCUGGUCUAUCCAUCUGGGUUCUCGAGGACUACGACUCAGUAGAGUGGGUUCUGAAGCAUAGUCUGAGCUUUUAGCAGCUGGUCGAAGGAAUCGAUGCUCCAUUUUUUACUAUAAUAUUGUUGGCUUUCAUUUAGAUUGCAAUCUAAUUUAUUUUGUUCAUUGCUCAGACUAGAAACUGAGAUCAUACAACAUGGACAACAGGCAAGUGCAAGUUGUGUGCACUCUAGGGCAGGGUUCUAAGCACUAAAAUAUUUAGCAUUUGGGUACUCUUAGAAUGUUCAUCAAUAAUUAGAUCUCCCAAUUUCUAAGCAUGAAGCCACUGGCUACCUAGAUAGAUCUACUAGAAUUGGGUCAUGUUUUUGUUUCCACGGAUUGGAUGCCUUUGUCCUUAUGGUGUUUUGUCUGUUACAAUUAGCCAAAUGAUGUACUCAUUGUAAAGUCAGCUUUUAUGUAUGGUACUAGCUAUCUUAAUGAACUUAUAGUGUGUUUGGUUUGAGGAAUGAAGUGAUCCAUUUUCUUCUC